GUAUUUUAUAUUUUUUAGGCAAUGAGAGCUUUCAUUGAAUCCAAUUUCAAGUUGCUUGACAUAGACAGCGAUGGAAUAGUUGGAGUAAAAGAAUACCGUUAUAACUGCAUAACUAGAGUAGCCAUUGACGAUAUAACUCCAAUUGAUAAAGCCUUCGAAACAUUGCUGAACGACGAGGAUCGGAAACGCGGAGGACUUUCGUUAGAUCGCUACAAAGAACUAUAUGGGCAGUUCUUGGGUAACACUGCCGACAACCACCCAGCAGUUAAUCUUUUUGGACCCUUAUAAAUAAUUAAUUUACACUUAAAUGUCUUCGCUGUUGUUCAACUACUAUUUAUUAAGUUUUAUUUGUAAUUACUAUGACUUUAAACGUAUUACCAUAUAGAAAUAAUACAUUCAUAUCACUUUGUGUAGAAUCGUCAGAUGACCAGUUCGUAAUUUCUAAUGUUUUUUAAUUAGUUAAGUGCAACUGCUCUCAGAAGUUAAAAAUAGGCUAGGAUGUUGACUUGCUUUCCCAAAAUGGCUCUUUAGUUAUAAUCCUCUCUCUCAAAGCUUUAAAGAUUUCGAAUAUUUGUUGCGUUAAAUAAAAGUUACAAUUUAUUGAAAUAC